UUCCGCGACGGCUACAGCAGUAGCCACAUGAAGAGAGUAACAGUCAAUGCCCCGCGUCUCGAAGGGGAGAGUCGCGCCCAUGGGUAUGACUCGUGGAGAAGGUCGCUUAUCCAAGCGGCCAAGACUGUAGGACUGGACGGCCAAUUGAUCGGCAACAACAAGAGGACCUGUGGAUGGAGGACCAGGGAGGGCGCGAGCGUCGCCCCAUCUACCACGUCGACCGGCACGGCCGAUGUGGGCGGCGGCGAGGACGACCGCCGCAGCAGCAGCAGCCGCGGUAGCGGCGGCGGCGGCGGCAGCGGCGGCGACAGCAGUAGCCGCGGUAGCGGCGGCAGUGGCAGCGACAGCAGCAGCCGCGGCAGCAGCGGCGAUGACGGCGGCAACGACAGCAGCAGUGGCAGCGACAGCGAGACGGAUCUCCCGGCGCUCUGUGGGCCAGAGGCCCGGCGGCUCGCCCGCUUCGACAAGCCGGCGGAACUCACCAGCCGCCGCACUAGGGAGAACCCUCGCCGAAAUCCGAGGUACGAGUCGCCCCCGUCGCCGCCCACAUCGGCCCCGUCGCCGACAAGUGCCGAAGCCCUGCUCGCCUCGGUGGCGAGGUUUCCCGUCAGCAGCACGGAGGAGUUCACCAGCUGGAUGCUCUCGGCGGUGCUUCACGUGGCGGAGGGGCUAGAGGCGAGGGUGGUGCGAGAGUUGCUGUCCGAGCGCGCGCAGGAGGCCCACGCUGCGCGCCAAGAGGCGGAGGAUUUCCUGCUGGCCCUGCUCGCCUCGGUGGCGAGGUUUCCCGUCAGCAGCACGGAGGAGUUCACCAGCUGGAUGCUCUCGGCGGUGCUUUACGUGGCGGAGGGGCUAGAGGCGAGGGUGGUGCGAGAAUUGCUGUUCGACCGAGCGGAGGAUGCCCACGCUGCGCGCCAAGAGGCGGAGGACUUCCUGCUGGGUACGGUGGACCUCAUGCUCAACUCGCCAGNGCGUCCAGACGUCUCGUUCGCCGUGCGUGCGGUAGCGCGCCACGCCCACGCCCCGGCGAAGCGGCACUGGGAUGCCAUACAGAAGAUCCUCGGCUACCUGAAAGGGACGAGGGACCUCGGCAUCACCUACAAACGGGAAUCGGGGUUAGGGCUGGCCGUGGUGGCGACGACGGUUGGAGGUACCGUAGUCAACCAUGGUAGCAAUACACAGAGCAUCGUGUCUCUGUCCUCGACGGAAGCCGAGUACAUUGCUGCCGGGGAGGGCGUCAAAGAGGCGUUGUUUGUGCGUGCCGUGCUUUCAUUUGUUGCCCCAGAGACCAGUGGUAGCAGCAUCCAGGUCCUUGAGGACAACCAGGUGGCCAUAGCGUUGGUGUAG